AUGAUCCUGCCAUUCUGUAGCUUUUUCAGAGGCAACGUUUUCCAGAAUCACUUUAAGCCAUGUGUCUAUGUGUGCACCAAGUGUGGCUAUGAAUCGUUAUCCAGUUGCUCAAGGCCAGCAUUCACUGAAACCAUCUAUGCAGGUAAUGUGCCCAAGAACAUCCUGCAGCAAGUAUGGCAUUGGCCAUGAGUUCCUGAACGAUGGCCCCAAGUGGGGACCAUCUCAGUUCUGAAUAUUGAGCAGCUCAUUGAAGCUCAGUCCUGA